AUGAUUGGAACAGGAACACUCUCCCAGCCUGCCGCUGCGCGGUUAGUGCUGCGCGGAUGCUCCCCUUUGACCUCUACAGCAGGCGCCCGAGGACAUCUUGCGGGCCGCCGGAUAAUUACCCCGACCACUCUUCGACAUUUCAGCUCCCCAAAUACCAUUCCUGCGACCUCUAGCCCGAUUAUCCCUUCGACCACUAGGCUCUCUCACUUAUCGAGACAUGCCAGCGACCCUUUGUGGGUAAUUCUUGCUACUAAGAGAUCAUUCCACUCCGCACGCACCCUCCUCCAGCAACAGCAACAUAAACAGCAGAACCCUACAGAUUCUUCUGCCGAGGGCCCUGCAAAAGGCCAAACUUCGAAGGAAGAAUCAAAGGAAGAACCGAAGAAAGAGGGAGAAGAAGAAUCUGCAGAUUCCAAGAAGGAGGAUGGAAAGAAAAAGGAGGAAGCACCCCCACCCCCACCCCAUGGUGACAAAACCCCAUGGCAAGUCUUCACGGAGACUCUGCGAUCCGAGUUUAAAGCCUCAAAGGAGUGGAAUGAAUCUACCAAGGCACUCGCUUCUUCUGCCCAUCAGUUCACUGAGAGUGAGUCCGUAAGGAAGGCUAGGUCCGCUUACGAAGCUGCUACCAGCACCGCGUCUUCCACAACAUCUUCAGCAUUGAAAAAGACUGGAACCGUAAUUGGCAAAGGUGCCGCCUGGACAUGGGAUACCACUGCUGUCAAGGGAAUAAGGAGUGGUGUUGCGGCAACCGGAAGGGGAAUUGAACAGGCCACACGACCUGUCCGAGAGACAAAAGUGUAUAAAACCGCUGUGGGGAACAUGAAGGAGGUCAUAGAUGAUGGAAGCAGUUCUCGAUAUGGUGGAUGGAUCGAAAAGGAAGAGAGACGGAAACGACGAGAGCAGCGGGAAUUGAAGGAAGGCAGUAAGAAGGUGGAGCGUAUGGAAGAAGACCCAAAUGCUGGAACCAAUGUCACACUUCAUAAAGAUGCAGCUUGGAAAGAAUCGUGGCGCGAAUUCAGGGAUACCAGCCCCAUGAUGCAGCGUCUUUUCUCCUUGAAGAACACCUAUGAGGAAUCCGAGAACCCUCUUAUAAGCACUGCCCGAAGCAUAUCAGACCGAGUAGCUGGUUUCUUCGCAGAGAACGAGACUGCAAUGGUAAUCAAGGCCUUCCGGCAAAUGGAUCCAAAUUUCCAGAUCGAACCAUUCCUGCGCGAGAUGCGAGAAUAUAUCUUGCCAGAAGUUCUGGAUGCCUAUGUUAAGGGAGAUGUUGAAACUCUUAAGCUAUGGCUGUCCGAUGCCCAGUUCCAUGUCUACUCUGCCCUUACGAAACAAUACAAGACCGCUGGCCUCAAGUCUGAUGGCCGAAUUCUUGAUAUCCGACAUGUCGAUAUCUCUCAUGCCCGUAUGCUGGAACCCGGUGAUAUCCCAGUUUUUAUCAUUACCUGCAGGAGUCAGGAGGUCCAUGUCUAUCGAAAGGAGAAAACUGGUGAACUCGCCGCCGGCAUGGAAGACAGGGUACAACUCGUCACCUAUGCCAUCGGUGUCACUCGAAUUCCAGACGAGGUCAAUAACCCCGAGACUCGUGGCUGGAGAUUGAUUGAGCUGCAAAAGUCUGGCAGGGAUUACAUUUAA